UUCAAUUUCAGGUUGUGACAAACGGAAUUUUUGCGUAAAGAAGCACGAAUACGAUUAGAUGUCUCAACCUAGAUGACGCAAAUAAAUUUUAUUUAUGUAUUUUACGCAGUUGUGACGAGUAAAUUUUCGCGAAGUGAAACAUGAAUUCGAUUUUGAAACCCAAUACGGUUAGAAGCCUAGCCAAGGCUUUCAACCCUAAUCGCCUAGGUUGUGUCCGUCAUGGGUCGUUUAAGGUUCAAGAUGACAAGGAUUUUCUCGAGAAAGUCGAGAAUAGCAAAGAACCGGUGAUUGUUGACUUUUUUGCGACGUGGUGUGGACCUUGCAAGGCUCUUGAACCUAGGUUGGAAAACAUUGUUGCUAAAAGAAACGGCAAAAUCACAUUGGCGAAAGUCGAUAUCGAUUCUAUGGGCGAAUUGGCGGCCAAAUAUGAGGUUAGCACAAUUCCAGCUUUAGUUGUUUUUCGCAAUGGGAAAGUCCAGGAAAGGCUAACUGGGCUCCAAGAUGAAGACAAACUCAGUCUCUGGGUGGACAAAGUCUUGCAGUCAAAGUAGGGAAAAUGAUCGAAAUGUGAUUAGAAGCAUUAUUAUAUGUAAUUGUUCGAUGUACUUUAGAUGUUUUAAAACUUAAUACAAUAAAUUUGUUGAGUGUUAAAA